GCUACGCAACUUUCUGACUGCUUUGCGGUUGGCUUUUUUUGUUCGAAGAAGUGAAGCACAACUGCUGCUGUGUGUUGUAGUGGUUGUAGUCAUUAGACAUUGGACAAAUGCGGAAGUCUGACAGAAGGUUUUGACAGCUGUAUGGGACAAAAGAGUUCACAGGGUGCCAGCAUGACUUCCCCUGUCCGUGUCAUCGUGGUGGGAGCUGGCAGUCGAGGGGAGAACUACUCCCAGUUUGCAUCCAUCCACCCUGAACGUGUGCAGGUUGUCGGAGUAGCUGACCCAAGGAAAUUUGCUCGCACUAAACUUCAACAGCAGCACAAAAUUGUAGAUGAAAACACAUUUGAAGACUGGCACAGUAUAGCUGAAAGAGAGAAGUUUGCAGAUGCUGUGUUAAUUUGUACUCCAGACCGCCUUCAUAAGGAACCUGCAGUGGCCUUUGCAAAGAAGGGCUACCAUGUUCUGCUGGAGAAGCCAAUGGCAACAACUGCAGAAGACUGCACAGCGAUUUUGGAGGCUUGCACUCAGAAUGGUGUGAUGCUAUCAGUGGGUCAUGUUCUCCGGUAUGAUCCCGUCAUCCACAAGAUAAAGGAGCUGAUAGAUGCUGGAGUCAUAGGUAAUGUGAUCCAUAUUCAGCACCUUGAGCCGGUUGGGUUUUAUCACUUUGCGCACUCAUUUGUUCGGGGGAACUGGAGGAAUGAAGCAGAGAGCUCUUUUGCUCUUUUGGCUAAAUCGUGCCAUGACAUCGACCUAAUACAUCACUGGGCUGGAGCACGCAGGUGUGUGAAAGUGUCAUCAUUUGGAUCUGUCAGCCACUUCCGAAAAGAAAACAAGCCAACAGGUGCUUCAGAUCGCUGCAUGGAUUGUUCAGUAGAAAGAGACUGUCCAUACUCAGCGUGCAAAAUCUACCUGGAUAGAGUGAAACAGGGUCACACUGGCUGGCCUGUAUCAGUCAUAUGUCCGAGCUCGUUCCCAGACAUCGAGUCAGUAACUGAGGCACUCAGGACUGGACCAUAUGGCCGCUGUGUCUACGAGUGUGACAACGAUGUCUGCACUAACCAGGUUGUUAACAUGGAGUUUGAAGGGGGUCUGACGGCAGCCUUUUCAAUGGUGGCGUUCACUAAGGAGAUGUGCAAUCGAAAAACAACCAUCUAUGGCAGCAAGGGGGAGCUGUCAUAUGAUGGCCAUGAGAUAUGCGUGUUUGACUUUCUGACCCAGAGAUCAACAAAGCACACAGCACACAAUAAUGCCCCCAGGCACUUUGGCUUGAGUGGACAUGGUGGAGCAGACUACCACCUUAUGGAUGCCUUUAUUUCUGCUGUGGCGAACAAUGAUCCAUCCCUGAUCCGCUCGGGUCCUGAGGAGACGCUGCUGAGCCAUUUGUUGGUGUUUGAAGCUGAGCGUUCAAGACUGGAGAGCAGGGUGGUGUACUGUGGUGACAUUAGCCAGAGCUAGACUGAAAAACACUUUGACAGGAAAAUUAUCUCACCUUAAAAAUCAAACACUCUAGGGCCAAAUCUUAGAAUGUAAUUAGGCAGAUUAUUUAGUGUGUGUGACUGAAUAAGUGAACCUGUUUAGUUUUUAAAUUAUUUAAGCACUAUGCCAAUAACUUGAUCAUUUGUUGUAUAGCAUAAUGUCAUUUCUUGCGUCUAAUGACAGUAAUGUUUAUGUAAAGUCAAGUUUAUCUAUAUAGCACAUUUCAUACAACAGGCGUAGACUCAACAUGCUUCAAAAUAAAAGCAAGCAAGAAAGAUAUAAGAUAACAACAUAUAAGAUGAGGAGGUAUUACAUAUAUGGAAAAAUAUAAGAUAAGACAAAAUGGUAUUACAAUAAAAAUGGAAUAAUAUAAGUAGGUAUUGUUAUUAUUAUUAAAAAGGGUAUAAUAAUGAUAAAAAUACUAAUUCAAAACUGUUAAGUACACUCAUUAUUUCUACUAAAACAUUGCAAAUCUGUGUAAUAAAAAUUGUCUUUGAAUCAUU